AACUAUGAGAAAGAAGUUGAGGAGAUGAAACAUAUGACUAGACAAGAAUUUGUAGCCUCCAUCCGAAGGAAAAGUAGUGGAUUUUCCAGGGGAGCAUCAAUGUAUCGUGGGGUAACAAGGCAUCAUCAGCAUGGAAGAUGGCAAGCAAGAAUUGGAAGGGUAGCUGGAAACAAAGAUCUUUACUUGGGAACUUUCAGUACUGAGGAGGAAGCUGCAGAAGCAUAUGACAUUGCUGCAAUAAAGUUCAGAGGCCUUAAUGCAGUUACAAACUUUGAUAUGAAUCGUUAUGACGUGAAGACCAUUCUUGAAAGCAACACUCUUCCAAUUGGAGGGGGGGCCGCGAAACGUCUCAAGGAAGCUCAAGCAAUCGAAUCUUCUAGAAAACGUGAAGAAAUGAUAAGUUUAGGCUCAAAUAUUCAGUAUGGAAGCUCAAGCUCAGGCCCUCUGCAUGCUAAUUACCCACUAAUUCAGCAACCAUUUGACAAUACACAGCCUUUACUAACUUUACAAAACCAGGAUUUAUCCCUAUACAAUCAAGAAUCCCACUACCAAAGCUACAUCCAAACACAACUCCAGUUGCACCAGCAAUCAACUUCUUACAAUAUUCACCAGAAUAAUCACUUUUACAACAAUUAUUUUCAGAAUAAUCCUGUUUUACUCCACGGGUUUAUGAACAUGGGAACGUCUUCUUCGAUUAUAGACAGCAAUGGGAGAUCAAGUAUUGGAAGUUACAGUGGAGGACACACUGUAAACGGGAUUGAAAUGGGUUCAAGUAACACAAUUUCUGCAGGACGAGGUUCAGCUGAAGAACUUGCACUGGUUAAAGUUGAUUAUGAUAUGCCUUCUGCUACUACUUACACUGGAUGGUCAGGA